UAUGGGACUCAAGCAGCAAAUGGAUUCAAGCUUGCAAGGGGACAACUAUGCAUUUCACCAAGGGUUGUUGCUAUCCGGAGUCUAUGGCGCUGACCAUGUGCAUUUUUUUUUUCUGUUUGGUACAGCGCCAAUUGCUCAUUACCCGCCGUCAACUGCGCGCAAAUAAGGGGGUGACGUAUUUUAAGACGAUUAUCUGUACCGAUAUUCUCCAAAAAUGGAACUCAGCGGGCAGUGGUACCAAUGAAACUCCGCGUGAACUUUUUCAUUAUUUAAAAAAUGAGCAUGCAAUUAAACGACUAUUUUCUUCUCAGUCACUUAUUACUUCAAACUGGCAAGCAUGACAACCAUCACCGCGUCAGCAACACAAUACAUUGAUUCUAUCAUCCAGAAACUGUCUGGCAAUGAGAAUGUGGAGAAACUCAUUGAAAAGUUGACAGCCAAGGAAAAUCGUUCUACCAUUCUUGGCUCUGCAGCAGUCUUGCUGACUGCAUACUAUGUUUUGAUAAACCAGUUGGAGUUGAACAGACCCAAAGGCUUCCGUAACAUUCCAAAAUUGAACAACAGAAAGAAUGUGAUAAGUCUGUUCAGAAAUGAUCCCUUUGUCGACCGCUACAAUGCCAACUUAAAAGCGCUGUUGGAGGAUCAGGGCAUAGGUCGUGCAAGGAUGGCUGGAAACGACAUCAUCUUUCUCGCCACUCCAGAAUAUUCACGUGUUCUCCUCAACAACAACGACAUGUUUUUGAAGGAUACAACCGAAACGUCUCCAAAGUAUACCCUUGUUCGAAAGUUCUUUGGAGGUAUCAACCUGGUCUUUUCCAACGGUGAUGUGUGGAAGAGACACAGAGCCGUUGCCAACCCUGCAUUCCAUAGAAGCUGGGAUACCAAGCUUUUCGGCCAUUGUGCAAAUGAAAUGAGCGAACAGAUGGACAAGGAUAUGGCUAACGAAGGCUCAGUAGAGAUCCAUUCCAUGUUUCAAAGAUUGACAUUGGAUGCACUUGGUCUUGCAGCUUUCGGCUUUGACUUCCAAUCGCUACGCAAUCCUAAAGGUCGAUAUGUCACUGUGUAUAACGACCUGAUGAAGGGUGCAUUGAAUGGACUAUACUUUUUGUUCCCAUAUUUGGAUCGCUUCCCAAUUGGACAGAGGUACAAAAUGCAUCAGAAACUGAAGGAGUUUGAUGAGCUUUUGUACGACAUUAUCAAAACGAAGAAGGCAGAGAUUGAAUCCCAAAACAUUACAGCAAACAGUGAUCUAUUGACCAUGAUGAUUAAAGCCGCCGAAAGUGAAGGAACUGUCGCGAAAUUGACCGAUCAGGAACUUCGAGAUAAUUUGUCCAUCUUCUUUUUGGCAGGACACGACACCACCGCCAAUUCUCUUGCAUGCACUUUGUACUACUUGGCUCUCCAUCCUGAAUAUCAGGACAGAGCUCGUGAAGAGGCUUUGGCCGCCAUUGGUGAUGAUGGAACAGUUCCCACUUCAGAACAGAUUAAGCACCUUCCUUUCAUUGACAACUGCAUCAAGGAAUCAUUGAGACUUUGCCCAUCGGUUGCACAGUUGCCUGGUCGAGUUAUGGCUGACGACUACCAUCUCACUAACGGCUACCUCCUCCCCAAGGGUUCCAGAGUCAUUCUCUCUAUCUAUUCUAUGCAUCACAACAAGAAAUAUUGGGGAGAUGAUGUUGAAACGUUCCGACCUGAGCGAUUCGAUGAGUCGGCUAAUGGUGGUAAAAAGGUUGACCCAUACUUGUGGGUACCAUUCUCUUUCGGCAGUCGCUCCUGCAUUGGCCAACAGUUCUCUAUGAUCGAACAACGUGUUGUCCUUACUAUGCUAUUACAACGCUAUGUUUUCAAGCUGCCUGCUGAUUCUCCUCACAGGGAAAAGCUUCAAUUCGGACGCGGAGGUCUAUUGCAUCCUGCAAACUUGCGUCUGGAAGUCGUCGACAGAGCUUAAAGUCUUAGUAGCUUAACAUACCAUUUCUUUAUACAUAUAUUAUUGUUUUCCGCUUUACCAUACUUUUUCACGAAGGUACCUGAAUAUGAUGCUAUCAAAACUUAUUGCGAGUGAAAGUAAAUGGUUUGCUGUAAGAAAAGGAGGGCCACAUAGGUUGGUAAAAUACAGAAAGGGUUC